CGCAUUUCAGAUCUUGGGAUUGAGGUCCCGAGGUGGGACUUCUAAAAGACGAAAAUGGCCUCGCACCGGCUGCGGCCGUGCGUGGGCAGGCUGUUUGGGAUGGGACCAGAGCUGGGGAGCGGAAGACGAGCUUACAGCGCGUUCCAGGCCUUCACGGAGGUUCUACGGCUGCCGAGCAAGCAGCUGACGAAGCUGGUCUUCCCGCUGCAAGAACUCCAUGGGCAUUUCGUCCCGGGCUCGAGGCCAGACCUUCACCUGAAUAUCUUCCACCCGAGCCUGGAGGACAUCGCGCGGGCGGAGAGCUUCUUCACGGCCUCCGCCCGAAACCGCAUAGAGUACCUCUCCUCGGCGGUGCGUCUCGACCACGCCCCGGACCUUCGCCGCCCGGAGGUAUGUUUUAUAGGCAGAAGCAAUGUUGGAAAAUCCUCUCUAAUAAAGGCCUUGUUUUCACUUGCCCCAGAGGUUGAAGUUAGAGUCUCCAAAAAACCGGGCCAUACAAAGAAAAUUAAUUUUUACAAAGUUGGAAAAUACUUUACAUUGGUGGACAUGCCAGGUUAUGGCUAUAGAGCACCUGAAGAUUUCGUUGACAUGGUAGAAACCUACCUAAAAGAACGAAAGAAUUUGAUGAGAACAUUUUUAUUAGUGGAUAGUGUUGUUGGAAUUCAAAAAGCAGACAAUAUUGCCAUAGAAAUGUGUGAAGAAUUUGCAUUACCUUAUGUGAUGGUAUUAACAAAAAUUGACAAAUCUUCCAAGGGACAUCUUUUAAAACAAGUGCUUCAGAUCCAGAAAUUUGUUGACACUAAAACACAAGGAUGUUUUCCUCAGUUGUUCCCUGUAAGGAGGAAGCAUCUUCUGCUCUCACACCCUCAUCCCACUGAAGCUGCGGGCAGACUGGCCAUCUCCUACCAGAGAGGCAGAACUCCAUGAGGAUUAAAUCUGUCUUACACAUAGUGGCAUCUGCAGGUGAGCAUACCACAGAUACACCUGAUACUUUUCGAAUAAAAGGAUGGAAUGGUGAAGAGUAAAUCCAAUUGACUAAAUUUACUUCCUCCCGAUGAUACAUAUAUUUAGCUCUGUCCAAUAAAAGUAGCUAACAAAACUGCAAUUUUAGUCCCCAGGGUACCGGACAUUAAAAAGGCUGACUAUAUUCUUUCGCCUUAAAAGAUAACAGAAG